CUUUCUGCCUGCAGUAUAUAUUUGGACGUGAAUCCGGACUCUGCAACUAUAAGUUUGUACCUCUAAAAUUUGAAUGGCUCACUCGGAAAACGAGACUCUGAACCAAGUCCUCGCGCUUGUCGAGGCGUUCAGAGCGUUCGACAGCGACGACGACGGGCAAAUCACCGCCGUCGAGCUCGGCGGGAUCAUGAGGUCGCUGGGCUACAACGUCUCGGCCCAAGAGGUGGACGCCAUGAUGGGGGAGGCGGACGCCAAUAGGGACGGAAUGCUGAGCGUGGCCGAGUUCCUGGAGAUGACCACCAAGGAUAUGGAUCUCGGGGAGCUCGCGAGCUUCCUCGGGACCACGUUGAUCCCUUCCAUGGUUGGCGCGGAUGGGGAAGUUGCUGUCGAAGUCGAGGACUUGAGAUUGAUAGUCCAGUGCCUUCUUUAGGCACAGGAAUGAGCUCUGGG